AUGAAUAAUCAAACUUGGUCUUCAGACUUCUUUCAAGAGUGCCCCUAUCCUGUUCAACAGGAUUAUUUCAGUAAAUUCGAAGUCGAGCAUCCGUCACAUACACCUACUUUAGUCUAUCCCGUUUCACCCUUCUACACUACAUCACCAUCUGCCUCUCCUAGCAGCAACAUCAUGUACACCAACGAACCUUUCAUCACUAGUCCCGCAACCUUUCACUUGAACCCUCAACAGCACUAUGGACCUGGAAGCCCAGACUCUUUAAUGUCUGGCUUUUCUGCCAAUGCCCCAGCAGCAGCUGUGUUAGCGACGACGACUGCAUCAGGUCAACAUGCUUUACCACCUCCACCCGCUUAUCAGCAUCCUAUUGCACCUCCACCUCUUGUGCAAUCUCAUUCUAGUUCUACGAUUCAUUCUACUGGUAGUGCAACCACGACUGUUUCAACUGUAGGCGUAGUAGCAGCUGUAACAGCAACAACAACAGCACCCCCUCCACCUCCACCUGCAGCACCACUUAUCACGGCAACUACCACCACUCCAUCGGCUGCUGCCGCUGCUUACUUGAAUGAAACAAUCGCUAAAGCUUCAGCUUUACCAGAGUCUUUCUAUCCAGAAUUUUUGCAGUACUCUAAAGAAUCUUUUGAGCAAUCCGCUUCACAACGCAAUCAUGGUAUGAGUAGAAAAAGAGCUAGAACAGCAACUUCCAAUGCAGAGAAAGAAAAAAAGCAAAGCAAUGCCAAUGCCACCUCCAAUGCUUCUACCUCUUCUUCAUCUGACGAAGACGAGGAUGUUGGAGAAGAAGAAGAGGAGGAGAUGGACGAGGAAGAGGGAGAGAGCCGUCCCUCUCGUAAACGAAAAACAGAUGACCAUUCAACAAGUGUGAGUGAAUUGAGACGUCAAAUUCAUAUUCAAUCGGAACAAAAGCGUCGAGCUCAAAUCAAGGAUGGUUUUGAAGAUCUACGCGCUGAAUUACCUACUUGUUUAAACAAGAAAAUGAGUAAAGUGAACUUGUUACAUAAAACUGUCCAACAUAUCAAGCACUUAAAGUCCACUCAAAUGACGAUACUAGCUGAACUUGAACGUCUCGUACAGGAAAAUGAACAACUCAGAAAUUUCCAACAAAGUGUGUUACAAAAGCAAGCAUUUGAGAACAUGUAUGCAAUGGGAAACAUCUGA